CUGAUGCUUUGAGUCAAAUCUAUGCUUUGCUUUCGGUGUAUUUAUUAUCUCUUUCAUGACGGGAGGUGUUAGGUUAGGAUUUUAAUAACAAUGCUUAAUUAUAUUGGAUGACUUUACUUGUUUUACCGUAUGUUUAUGCUGCUAACUUUUAAGUGUGAACACCGGUGGAAUCAAGGCAGCUCCAAUAUGGACUCAACGGUACAAAUAUUGGAGGAAAAUCUAGAGAAGAUUUUGAAGGGUGAGGGACUCGAGGUAGGAGAGUUUGAUUCAGUCCCUGAAGAAGUGAAGCCUGUCACACUGAGGAAAAGCGUGUGUUAUAUUGUCAGCGCAGUUAUCUUCAACUCAAAGGACGAGCUGUUAAUGGUUCAGGAGGCAAAGCCGGAGUGUCACGGCAGAUGGUACCUCCCUGCGGGUCGUAUGGAGGAGCGUGAAAGCAUUCUAGAGGCGCUGCAGAGGGAGGUCAAAGAGGAGGCAGGAAUAGACUGCCAGCCAAUCACACUUCUGCUGAUUCAAGAACAAGGGCCCAAGUGGAUUCGGUUCGUCUUCCUUGCUGAGGAAACAGGUGGCUCUCUGAAGACGACGGCAGAGGCAGAUUCUGAAUCCCUUCAAGCUCAGUGGUGGGACCGUGAGUCCCCACUUCCUCUUCGUGCACAUGACAUACUGCCCCUUAUUGAUGCUGGAAUAAAAUAUCGCCGAAAUCCCUCAUUCCCUAUGUUACAACCCGUUGACAUCCCAUGUCCUGUUAUCUGCCAAAGACUUUUCCUCACAUUCAUAGAUACCAGCGAGGAGCAUCGUCUGUGGCUGCUGCUGAGCAGCAAUAAUGCCAUUUCUCAUCCCAGUCUCCCUAUAGCAGUAUCAGUUAAUGCAUUCGACACCAUCCCGCGGGCUGCGCACAGGCUGGUAAAGGAGUGCGUGCCUUCAUCAACCAUAAACAUUCACACCUGUGGCAUUCUGGGAGUGCAGCACAAUGGGAGAAUUCCAGGGAAAACAGACGGGAUUUGUUUCAACACGCUUGUGUUGUUGGAUAAUUCAGACGACGGGGCUGAAAUCAGCAGCCCACCACCACUGAAGGGUGACACUUACAGAUGGCAUGAGGUGACCAAUCAGAGUCUGAGGGGAAAGAUAAUACAGAGGAUUAAAGAAAAUGCCGUUCUGCCUAUUCACUGUCCAUACUGAUGCUCUGAACCAGAACUGAAUCUGCAUCUUCCAAAUGAGCACCAAGGCUCAAUGUUUCUAAAGCAUGUUCAGUGGCCAUAUAAGGUAUAUCUUUCCCUCAUUGGUGUCUGCUCUGCUUCGCUCUGGUGAAAUGUAACCAAAUAUUACUUCUAAUAUGCACUGAAAUACAUACACUAUACAGUUGCAAUUAUAAUAGAUUUUUAAAAAAAUAGGCAUUUAAGUUCUAAAUAUGUAACCCUUUGUGAAAAGGAAGUGUGCUUAAUUAUAUUGAUUGCACACUUGAAGAGUACUUCAAAUAUUAAAAGUAUAUUUUUAAAAACUGUACUUGCAGAUAUAAUAACAAGGACACUUAAGUGUACUUAAAGAUACACUUAUUUUGAAAUUUUGACUGACAAACUAAUACAUAAAGUAUAAUUUUAAGUGCUGUGUGUUAUUGUUAUAUUUAAAGUUAAUAUUUUAAAAACACUAAAUUGCAGCUUCAUUAUGUGUAAUUUUGAAAACAUUCAAAUACAUGACUUUAAAAAUUAUAUUGUCAAGUACACUUAUUUGCUCCUUAUUUAUUUUUUGUACUUAUUUACACCUAAUUUUAGCACCUUUUUAAAGGUUACAAUGUAAACAACAUGCAAUAAAGUGUCCAAAAACAUGGUUUAGUUCAUACUUGAGUAUAUUAUUAUGAAGUAUGUUAUUUCUGUAAUAGGUACUCUUUUUAAAAGUACACUGAAGUGUAUUUCUUUUUCACAAGGGACUCUCAUACUUAGGCAGGGAAUAUAGCUGUAGGUCAGCACUAUUUGAACAAAUAGCACUUCAUCUUAUUCAUCUAUAUGAACAGUUUAAUAAAAAUGAAUGCUGUUAAGAGAAAGUCAUGAUGUAUGGGUGCAUGUAUGAUGAUAAUGUAAGAUUAUGAUAUUUUAUAUGAGAUGGGUUUAGUAAUUUCUAUGUCUGUUCAUGUAGGGCAAUGCAGCAUUAAAGUAUCUGUUUAUUUUUAUAUUUGCAUAUUACAUUACUAACUAGUACAGCAAAUAUUUUCACGUUUCACAUUAUAGUACAGCUAAGGACCAGUGUGUACAGUUACCUCUGCAAAAAGAGCACUACCUCCAUGUCGGUCACUGUGGUUAAUGUUUUAUCAAAUGUGACCCUGGACCACAAAACCAGUCUUAAGUCACUGAGGUAUAUUUGUAGCAAUAGCCGAAAAUACAUUGUAUGGGUCAAAAUUAUUGAUUUUUAUUUUAUGCCGAAAAUCAUUAGGAAAUUAAAUAAAGAUCAUGUUCCAAGAAGAUAUUUUGUAAAAUUCCUACUGUAAAUAUAUCAAAACUUAAUUUUUGAUUAGUAAUAUGCAUUGCUAUGAACUUCAUUUGGACAACUUUAAAGGCGAUUUUCUCAGUGUUUUGGUUUUUUUGCACCCUCAGAUUCCAUAUAUUCAAAUAGUUGUUUCUCAGCCAAAUAUUGUCCUAUCCUAACAAACCUUACAUCAAUGGAAAGCUUAUAUAUUCAUCUUUCUGGUGAUAUAUAAAUCUCAAUUUUGAAAAAUUGACCCUUAUGACUGGUUUUGUGGUCCAGGGUCACAAAUAAAUUAUAUAAUAUAUUCUAAGUCACAUAAUGUGAAUUAUAAUGUGCAUGAGGAAAGUUGUUACAGGGUUUUCAGGGUUUGUUUACCUGCUGCUUGGAAAGUGUUUUAACUUAAAUCACUUUCACACAUUUUAAUUUUUCAUUUAAACUAUAUAUCUUAUAGUUUAUCAACACAUCUGAGUGUUUCGGGGGAAAUAAAUACUAAGAUCUUUGCAUUAUAUGAUAUAUGACUUAUCCUGCUGUAUGUUUUGUAAUAAAUCUUACUGAAGUAACGUUGAUGGG